UGUCUGCAGGGGGAAAGAGGGCGACGGACAACUCGGUGCUGGGGAACUGACCUCUGGCUCGGCGGGCCUCUGGGGAGGGAGAGCAGAGGAGUGGCUGAGGCUGGGGGACUCCAUGCGGGGGCCAUGGACAGAGCGGCGCUCCUGGGACUGUCGCGCCUGUGCGCGCUGUGGGCAGCCCUGCUCGCGCUGUUCCCCUGCGGAGCCCAAGGAAAUUGGAUGUGGUUGGGCAUCGCCUCCUUUGGGGUUCCGGAGAAGCUGGGCUGCGCCAACUUGCCGCUGAACAGCCGCCAGAAGGAGCUGUGCAAGAAGAAACCGUACCUGCUGCCGAGCAUCGGAGAGGGCGCGCGGCUGGGCAUUCAGGAGUGCAGGAGCCAGUUCAGACACGAGAGGUGGAACUGCCUGGUCACCGCCGCCGCCCCGCCGGGCACCAGCCCCCUUUUUGGCUACGAGCUGAGCAGCGGCACCAAGGAAACAGCAUUUAUUUAUGCUGUGAUGGCAGCAGGCCUGGUGCAUUCUGUGACCAGGUCUUGCAGUGCAGGCAACAUGACCGAGUGCUCCUGUGACACCACCUUACAGAACGGCGGUUCAGCAAGCGAAGGCUGGCACUGGGGGGGCUGCUCCGAUGAUGUCCAGUAUGGCAUGUGGUUCAGCAGAAAGUUCCUAGAUUUCCCCAUCAGAAACACUACAGGAAAAGAAAGCAAAGUACUUUUAGCAAUGAACCUGCAUAACAACGAAGCUGGAAGGCAGGCUGUCGCCAAGUUGAUGUCCGUGGAUUGCCGAUGUCACGGAGUUUCCGGCUCCUGCGCUGUGAAAACGUGCUGGAAAACUAUGUCUUCUUUCGAAAAGAUUGGCCACUUGUUGAAGGAUAAGUACGAAAACAGUGUCCAAAUCUCGGACAAAAUAAAGAGGAAAAUGCGCAGAAGAGACAAAGAUCAGAGGAAAAUACCCAUUCGCAAGGAUGAUCUCCUCUACGUUAAUAAGUCUCCCAAUUACUGUGUCGAGGAUAAGAAACUAGGGAUCCCCGGGACCCAAGGCAGAGAAUGCAACCGCACGUCGGAGGGCGCGGACGGCUGCAACCUCCUUUGCUGCGGCCGAGGCUACAACACCCACGUGGUCAGGCACGUGGAGAGGUGCGAGUGCAAGUUUAUUUGGUGCUGCUACGUCCGCUGCAGGAGGUGUGAAAGCAUGACUGACGUCCACACUUGCAAGUAGCCCCUCCAGCCAGCCUCUCACCGUGCAGGCCUGGUGAAGCUGACCCCUGCCUCCUCUAAGUCCCAGACCCUGGCGCUUGGCGCUGAGCUCCCUUUACCCAACGGAUAGCCGAUCACACACAGAGCGUGUGGAUUUGGGGGGAGGAAGGAGCAGAGUUGACAAGGAUUAGGUUCAUUUUUUGCUGGUUUAGAAAUAUAUAUUGACACACCAGGAAGAUAAUCUGACUCCUGAACAGGAAAGAACAGGAAGGAGCCUUCACGCGGGAAGACCUGGUCCAUAUUCAGGAUAAGAUCCUGGAUUGUGGAACUCAGCUGUGGAACUCAGCAGUAGUGGGGGAAUAUGAGGCAUU